AUGACAGUAGAGGACAGAAGCACUGGUACAACUCCAAAACAGCCCCCUGGUGUGACUAUAACAUACAGUUCAACUACUGGUAUUAUUUUACCUGAAGUUACCACUAUGGCAAAAACAGUCGAUCCAGGCACUGAUACUACAUUGGGACCAGCCAGUAAAAUGACAGCAGAGGGGAGAAGCACUGGUGUGACUAUGACAUACAGUUCAACUACUGGGAUUACUUCAUCUGAAGUUACUACUAAGGCAAAAACAGUCGAACCAGGCACUGAUACUACAUUGGAACCAGCCAGUACAAUGGCAGCAGAGAAGAGAAGCACUGAUACACCUUCAACACAAUCCCCUGGUUGA